UUUAACGUUUUGCUUUUUCCUGAAGAAAAUGUACCCGAAAAAGAGAGAAUGGACACGGUUCAUCAUUUAUUUUGUUGUUGCCAUGGUUAUCUACCAACUAGCAAAACUAGUCUAUAACAGUUUUACAAGGACAAUCCCACAAGAAAUAUAUCACGAAGAGCGAAAGUCUUACAAAACUCAAAAUAUACUCGAGUUCGUGCCUGACAAUCAAACCUAUCUUGAUUUUCCAUGGUAUCAGAAAAAGCAUACAAGACCUCAGUUUAAACCAAAUGGAAAUUUGACUACCACUGAAUUGUCCAUCAAGGAAAGAGAAAUCAUGCUGCAAAAGGCUAUUUUGCAGGCAAAGAAGAGAGCCCAAAAAAAGUUCUUACCAGCAGACUACACCGGCAUUAGAGGCACUCGUUUCAACACACAAGAAGAAACAAAAGCUUUAAGAGACAAAGUCAAUUGUUGGACAAAGGGUCAAUGGGUUAAAGAUGAUGAUCAUUUUCAUUUGACCCAUCUUCAAGAUCCCAUUUAUAGUUCCUGUGACUCAAAGUUUUAUAAAACACACGAUAAAACAGAGAAGAGAGAAGCUUUAAAAUACCGUUGGCAGCCCUCAUCCGAUUGUCCCCUUGAGCAGUCGAUUGAUGCAAAGAACUGGUGUGCUGCUUUGAAGGGUAGAAACAUCUUGUUAGUAGGCGAUUUAGUUCAUUAUCAAUAUCAUGAAUUAUUAUUAGAUGCUUUCAGAGAUGGCCCUACAGUAUGUUUUGGUGAAUUAAAUUGCAAAGAUCACACUAUCUGCAAGAAAAAAGAUACACGUCUUCGUUAUAUUCGUAAUGAUGUGUUAUCCACCAUUCGUAAAUUUCAAAAUAGAGAUCAAGGCCACCCACUUGCAAAUAUUGUAGAAUGGCCUUUUGUGACAUCCAACAUUCUUUCAUCUUACCCUAUUUUAAUCCUCAGUCGUACUGCUCUGAUAGGUGACGAUGAUGUAUUAUUCACGCGAAGAUUGAUUCAUACCAUGAAGGUCAUUCGAGAAACAUCUCCCGACGCACUUGUCAUUUAUAAAUCAUCAUUUAUCGGUCAUCCCUUUUGCAACGAUGCCACACAGCCUAUUGAUCCUUUAACAGAUGAACAAUUGAAGCGAUUACCUUAUGGUUGGAGUGAAACGAAACGUAGAAAUGCCAUUGCAAAAGCAGUGAUUGAAUCCGCCGGUGGACUUUAUAUUGAUUUGGCAGCCAUGAUUGAUACAAGACCUGAUGGACAUGUAGGCGAUUCAGAUUGUUCUCGUUAUUGUAUACCGGGCCCUUUAGAUGCAACUGCCCAAGUAUUAUAUCAAGCCUUUUUAGCAUUAGAUUAGACAGAUUUACCCUGCAGUGUAUCUUAUUUAUAAUAAAACAUGCACAGCUUAUAAAAAUAAG